UAACGGACAAUGUUGAGGCUAUGCAACGACUUGAAAUCGGCAUUUACUCCAUACUUUACUCCAUAUCGUGUAGUUUCUAAACACAAAUAUGGACGCGUUGGAAAUAAAACACAGUCAGCCUUCUGACUCUGGAGAGGAGAGCGAAUGUAAUACAUCGAGGGCACAAGAAGUGAGAUCAGCAUCUCGGUCUGUUACUGUAACAGAGGAAGAAUUAGGCAAGCUGGAAUUAGCCACAUUUUCAGUUGAAGAAAAUACGGCACGCCAGACACGGUGGGCUGGCAAUUGCUUAAUGGAGUGGUUACAGCAACAAACCAUAAAAGUGGAUUUUGCUGAUGUUUCUAAAGAGGAGUUGAAUCAGAUACUACGACAGUUUUAUGGCUCCAUCCGUACCGCGAAAGGUGAGUUCUACAGUGUUACAAGUUAUGUGGGACUGCGUGCUGGACUCAACAGGUACCUUCGUAAGCCACCGCUGAACCGUUCAUUUUGCAUAGUGAAAGACCCUGAGUUCAAGUCUGCAAACAAUGUAUUUUUUGGACUAAUUAAGACCAUGAGACGGGAGGGCAAAGACCGUGGUAGCCCUACGUCAAUUUCACCCUCUGACCUGAACAUCAUCAGAGAAUGUCUCGCAUAUAAACCCAGUCACCCAAGUGGACUUCUAAACAAAGUGUGGUUGGAUGUUCAACUUUAUUUUGGAUAUUUAGGUACAGCUGGCAACAGAUCACUUCAAAAAGAUUCUUUUGUAUUUCGAAGAGACAUCAUAGGAAGGAAAUACUGCACUUUGUCACUGAAUGAAGCAACCGAACCUCACAAAGGCACAACACAAAGGGGCAGUGAGAACAAUCGUGGACGUAUGUUUGCCAGGCCAGGAGACAGCAUGUGCCCUGUUGCAUCCCUGGAGAAGUACAUUAGUAAAUUGCCACCUGAUGUGCCGGCCUUUUUUCUGCACCCCAAGAAAUUUGCCUCAGAAAUGGAACCUGUAUGGUACCUUCCAAACCCCAUUGGGCGCAACAACCUUUCCAAGAUGCUUCCCAGGAUGUGCAGAGAGGCUGGGACUGAGCAGAUAUACCCAAACUUUUGUUUACGAGGGACAAAAGUCAACCCUCCCCCUGAAGUAAACUCUGACGCCUACGAGACCACUGACAGUGGACAGAGGUUUAUCGAGUUUCCUGGUCACUUCCAAAACAUCUUUCAGGAGCUGAAUAACCAGCGCACCCAGAACCGUCUGUGCGACUGCAUCGUCGCUGUGGGGAACCAGUACUUCAGUGCCCACCGCUGUGUCCUGGCAGCUUACAGUUCACACUUCCGUUCUUUACUGUGCAGCACAGAUACAAGCCAAACCUUGCACUACGUCAUCGGUCCAAAUGGAAACAUGAGACUCCUGCGGCUGGAUUCAGAGGUCGUGACCCCUGAGUCGUUUUCAAAGCUGCUGGAUAUGAUGUACACCUCUAAGCUCCUACUGGAUAUGUCCAAAAUCACAGACCUGUUGUUGGCUGCCUCAUAUCUGCACCUCAGCACAGUGGUCAAGGUCUGCAAGGAAACUCUCAACUCCAACAACACUCAUAACGCAUCACUGUCAGCACAUGUGGCUGUCACACCGCAAACCAACCCUCCCGAGGCGCAGCCAGAGGCGUUUGACAGUAGCACCACCAGCGAGGACGAGGAGUGGGAGCCGACACGAGCGAAUCCAACCACCACCCAUAGGCCAGGUCAUCCAAAGAAGCCCAAGCAGGCUCAGUCCAGCAAGAAAUUGUAUAACAACAACAACAGGCCACGUCUCCACAUGUCUCUGGAAAGCAAACGACAGAAGUUGAGUGGUGGAACACCACCAGUGGUCCAAGGCAUUGGGUUGGCUCCUACUGUCUCUUCUGGGACUGCCCAGCCUGAGCCAGAGUUGGAGGAAGGCUUUUCAGAGUUCGAGUUUGAAUAUGAAGUGCCUUCUUCUGACAUGGAGAGCUGUGAUCUUGAAGAAGACAUGCAGACUGGGGAAGCCAGUGGAGCUACGUUGAAAGCCGAAGAUGACGAAACACGGAUCAUAGAGUUGAAGCAUGAGAAUGGCAUCGACAGUAACCUUCUGACUUUGAAUUCCAAAGGGACAGCAGAUGGACUAAGCCUGAGUACAGCAGAGUCAUCCAGCUCUUGGACUCUCAGCCCCAAUGUCAUGAAGGUGGUUGGGAUUUCCAGGUCAGUGCCUGGUUCUGACAAUCUGACUACUGUGGAAGUGUCAAACAGGACCACGCAGAGCACAGAAGGUGCAGCAGGGUCAACCUCAAGUGCCUUGGUGCAACAAGUAGUCACAGCAGAAACAGGAGAUGCCGUGGCCUUGCCAUCUGUAAAGAGCGGCUACGGGCCCGGGGAAAUGGUAAAGGUCGCAGGCCGUAACGCUGCUCUCCAAAAGCUGCAGCCCGUUGCACAGACUCCUGUAGUGACGCCACUCAGACCACCCUCACAACGCACCAAAGCCAUCGAGUCAAGACUGCGUGGCUACCGCCACAUUGUCCCCAAAUCCCCCUAAAAAGAAGUGUGUAUCUAUAUGUUCAUCCCUCCAUCGAGGGGUGAAUGGCGCUUGAGGAACACAAGAUGAUUUACAGUGUCAAAAUCGAUUAACCUAUUUGUAAAAAGAAUUGUUCUAUCUUUAAAAGUUAAAAGGCAGUGAGAGGCACUUCAGAACUUACUUUGUCACCCUCCGUCAAUAAAUUAGUUGCAUAGAUGUCUAUUUCACCAACAUGUUUAAUUAGAAGAGGGACCGUUUCCACUGCCUUGAUUUGCCCUUAUUUUACUAUCAGCAGGCAUCAUUAGAUUAUCUCGAGGACCAACUUCACGUCUUUCCUUAAUGUCCAAGAACUGUACCGUUCACAAUUCCACCCUUGCAAUGGGCCUUGCAAAGGAUCUUGCCUUACUGAAUUACCUCAUAUCAGAGGCUACCUUCAUGUAGAACGCCUCACUCUCUUGGUUUUAUAACUUGGUAGAUAGUGGCAAAUAACAGGUGUGUUUAAGACACCUUAUUAUAGCAUCCAUAAGUUAAAGUCACGAGUGAGGAUAUGUGGCAAUCAAGAGGCAGCCAUUAAUGAAUUCACCUGAAUCUGUUUUGAUACUCAAUGUAAACACAAAGACAACGGAACUGACUGUUGAAUGUAAAACACAAUCAUCAAAACAGUUAUUGAAAUGGUAUGCAGAGAAUUUAGCCGUGCAUGGACGGCACCCAAUUAGAUUGAGUAGGGUAAGUUCUAUGUUGGUUCAUGCCUAUUUCUUCAGUAAAUUUAAAGAUGUCACGUUAUACAACUUUUUUAUUUUUCAGAUGAGAUUGUAUUUUAUAACAUUUUUGUUUUGUUUGUCUCAUAGGUGUAUGUUACUCUCAGUUUCAGCCUAUGUAGGUCACUCAGAUGUACUGUAAAAGCAGUUCCUUAAUUAAAAGAAUAUAACAU